UUAAACCUCGAACCGGACGGUCCGGAAACGGGAGCUGACCGGUUUAAUUUUGAAUUGGGGUUCCUUGGAAAAACAAAGGAUAGAAACCGUCCACCCACUCCACGCCACCGUACACGGCCUCUCUCUUCCUCUUCCCCACCGUCCAGCCACCCUUUCCCCUUGCCACUUAUUCGCCCACUAUUCAGCCUUUGGGGUCACCGGAUCUCUCCCCAGAAAACUCGAUUUGCUUAUUAUAAUCUUCACUGCAUUUACGAAAACUUCUUGUUCAACAAAAGAACAAUCUUUACCAUGUCUUAUGGAGGCCCAGCCGUAGGUUCAACUGCUGCGAGUGGCCCGGCAACAAUAAGACAAGUGAAGCUUGAAAAGGAAUGCGAAUUCAGAGUUGAAGUCAGUCCUGAUGCGCCACUCCGCCUCCGUCUCCUCAUCGGCUCUGCCGAGAUAUACGGAACCGAAAUACCGCCAGAGAUAUGGCUAACUUUUCCUCCCAGGCUUAAAUUCGCUGUUUUUACAUGGUACGGUGCCACAAUUGAAGUGGAUGGUACAACUGAAACUGAUUAUACAGCAGAUGAGACACCCAUGAUCAGUUAUGUGAAUGUUCAUGCUGUACUGGAUGCUCGAAGAAACCGUGCCAAAGCUUCACCCGGCGAUUCAGAUGCUUCUCAGGGUCCUCGGGUUAUUGUUGUGGGACCUACGGAUUCUGGAAAGAGUACUUUGGCGAGGAUGCUUCUUAGUUGGGCAGCUAAACAGGGAUGGAAACCUACUUUUGUAGAUUUAGACAUUGGUCAAGGAUCUAUAACAAUUCCUGGUUGCAUUGCUGCAACUCCGAUUGAACUGCCCAUUGAUCCAGUGGAAGGAAUACCUCUUGAUAUGCCUCUAGUUUACUUCCAUGGGCACACGACUCCUAGUGUUAAUGUUGAUCUAUACAAGGUACUUGUGAAGGAGCUUGCUCAAAUUUUGGAGAGACAGUUUGCCGGAAAUGCCGAAUCUCGAGCUGCAGGCAUGGUUAUAAAUACCAUGGGAUGGAUAGAAAGCACUGGUUACGAGUUGCUGCUCCAUGCAAUUGAUACAUUUAAUGCAACUGUCGUUCUUGUUCUGGGCCAGGAAAAGCUUUGCAGCAUGCUAAAAGAUGUUUUGAAAAACAAGCCUAAUGUGGAUGUAGUGAAACUUCAAAAGUCUGGUGGUGUUGUGUCGAGAAAUGCAAAAUUCCGUCAGAAGGCCAGGUCCCAUAGAAUACGGGAAUAUUUUUAUGGCCUUUCGAAUGAUCUCUCUCCACAUUCUAAUGUUGCAAAUUUCAGUGACUUAUGCAUUUACCGAAUAGGCGGAGGACCACAAGCCCCACGUUCAGCUCUGCCAAUUGGUGCAGAGCCGGCUGCAGACCCUACAAGAUUGAUCCCUGUUAAUAUUAACCGAGACUUGCUCCAUUCAGUCCUAGCUGUCUCAUUUGCCAAAGAACCAGAUGAAAUUAUUUCAAGUAAUGUUGCCGGGUUCAUCUGGAUCACUGACAUUGACUUUGAAAGCAAGAAAAUCACAUACCUUGCACCAUCUGCUGGAAGCCUUCCCGGGAAAUACCUGAUUCAGGGAAGCCUGAUAUGGUAUGAACCUUGAUGUACAUUGAAGCCAUUUGCAAGCUCUUUUAGUUCUUAUAAUGCAUGUGUAUACUGGAGCACAUUGCUUAUCGUGUAAUCCUGUUGGCCGUUGUUUAGACAAAUUAGGUCUCUUUUAAAGUUUCUGGAAAUAUUAUUGAAGCGGUAGUUUUUGCAAUUAUGUUAUCUGUACAAAUUUUUGCCUGUCAUUUGUACGAAAAUAUUUGAUCUUUGGUGUUUUUGGUUGUGGUAAAAUCUUAAUCUUUCGUCC